UCGCCGGGUUUGCAGUGAAUGCAGGGAAAAGGCGGCCAUAUUGAACGUUUGGUAAUCGUUUUGUUUUUCCAAAAAUUGAUUACCAAAUUUACUUUAAAAUGGGAAGCGAGGGCAAAAUUGAUGUUGAAAUAAAUGGUAAGUCAGCAUCUCGAGAUGAGAAAGAUAACACGGAAAGAGACAGGGAUAAAGAACGACACCGGCAUAAAGACAGACAUCGAGACAAGGACUCUCACGAGAGAGAUAAAGAACGAAAGAGAGACAAGGACAAGGACAAGCAUCGAGAUCGAGACAAACGCGACAAAGACAGGGACAGAAGGAAGGAUAAAGACAGAGAUAGAAAACACCGCAAAAGAUCAAGGUAGCGAAAAAGCCUUCAUGAAAACAAGUCAAGCAUAGAGGGACAGGAUAAUUUCCUAAACAGACCAGAUGAUCAUAAUAAAGAUGAAGAAGAACAAGAACAAGAAAAAACUACAAAAGUUGAGCCCCUGUCGCUUGAGGAAAUGAUUGCGAGACGAGAAGCUGAAAAGAAAGCACAAGAAAAGCCGACAUUUUUGACCAAAGAACAAAGAGCCAUGGAGGCACUGAAGAGAAGACAACAACAAGUUGAAGAGCAGCGGAAAAAGACUGAGGAAGAACGUCAAAUGAGAGAGAAAUUUCUUCGAGAGGCACAGUAUUCUAGAGAGGAUGAAGUAGAAAGAGAGAGAAGAGAAAGAAGAGAAAGGAGAGAAAAGAACCUCACUGAAGAAGAGGCUGAAAGUGAGAAAGCAAAACUGCGAAAGGAAAAAGACCAUGACAAGGAAGUCCAAGCUAUUAAGGAACGGUACCUUGGUGGAAUUAAAAAGAGAAAGAAGAUACGUCGUCUUGCUGACAGAAAGUUUGUGUUUGAAUGGGACACAGGAGAGGACACUGCUGUGGAUUACAAUCCAAUUUAUGUGGAGAAGCAUCAGAUACAGCUCUUUGGAAGAGGACACAUUGGUGGAAUUGAUAUUAAGUGGCAGAAGAAAGAAACAGGAAAAUUUUACCAGGAAAUGUUGGAGAAAAGACGAACUGUUGAAGAAAAGACCCAAGAGGCGUCACGAGUAAAGAAACAACGUGAUCUGGAAAGACAGCGUGCUCAUGAUGACCGUCACUGGAGCAAGAAAUCUCUAGAAGAGAUGGCUGAAAGAGACUGGCGUAUUUUGCGAGAGGAUUUCACCAUUUCCACGAAGGGUGGUAAGAUUCCAUACCCACUGAGAUCAUGGAAGGAGAGUCCUCUUCCCAAGGAGAUACUUGAUAUAGUUGACAAACUGGGAUACGAGGAACCAACACCAAUCCAGCGUCAAGCCAUUCCAAUCGGGCUUCAGAACAGGGACAUCAUAGGAGUAGCAGAGACAGGUAGUGGAAAAACAGCAGCAUUUUUAAUUCCUUUGUUGGUGUGGAUCAUGGGACUGCCUAAGAUAGAACGAGACACUGAUGCUGACAAGGGACCAUAUGCUUUGAUUUUAGCUCCAACCCGAGAGUUGGCACAGCAGAUUGAAGAUGAUGCAACAAAGUUUGGUCGUCCUCUUGGCGUUCGGACAGUUUCUGUGAUUGGUGGGGUAAUUUACUGGGNUUACUUAUACGUAUCAUUUGUUGUCUUUGUUUCUUCGUGUGUUUCUCCCGCGUGCUUUUGGUUCCUAAUUUUAUUUCUUCCUUCAUCAGAAAAUCGCUACCUUGUUUUGAGUCGCUGUUCAUAUUUUGUCCUGGAUGAGGCUGAUCGUAUGAUUGACAUGGGUUUUGAGCCUGAGGUCCAGAAAAUCUUGGAACAUUUACCAGUUAGCAACGUUAAACCUGAUUCUGAGGACGCUGAAGAUCCGGAGAAGUUAUUGGCAUACAUGGGAAAAGACCGGUUUAGACAGACCGUGAUGUUUACAGCUACUAUGCCUCCGCAAGUUGAACGCUUGGCUAGAAACUAUCUUAGGCGGCCCGCUGUCGUGUAUAUCGGUUCAAUAGGUCGACCAGUUGAGAGAGUAGAACAGAGAGUUCACUUGCUUAAAGAAGGAGCUAAGAGGAAGAAGCUGUUAGAGAUACUGAACGGUGGCAUUGAUCCGCCUAUCAUGAUAUUUGUCAACCAAAAGAAGGGAGCAGACGUGCUGGCAAAAUCCUUGGAGAAAAUGGGCUUCCGCGCAACGACCUUGCAUGGUGGACGAAACCAGGAGCAGAGAGAGUUUGCUUUGUCGAGUCUCAAGUCUGGUGCUAAAGAUAUUCUGGUAGCGACUGACGUGGCGGGCCGUGGUAUUGAUAUCAAGGAUGUGUCGCUUGUUAUCAACUAUGACAUGGCCAAGUCAAUUGAAGGCUACACUCAUCGUAUCGGCAGAACCGGCCGCGCGGGAAAGACUGGUGUCGCUGUCACGUUUUUGACCCAGGAAGACUCGGCCGUGUUUUAUGACCUCAAGCAGACGUUAUUAGCCAGCCCGGUUAGUAAUUGUCCACAGGAGCUGGAAAAACAUCCUGAAGCACAGCACAAACCUGGCACUGUACUGACAAAAAAGAGAAAAGAAGAAACAAUAUUUGUAUAAAAUGAAAACUAGCUGCCUCCUGUGAGUCAUGUGGGAUUCCAAUUUUGUAUUACAAUUCGUCAGGAAACACUCAAGAAGCGUAACCCAAACGGGGAAAUGAACAUUAGCUAAGUACUUAUGUCUAUUUAUAACUUUGCCAGUCAUAUCACUGUAGAGACUUCUUAUGGAACCACGGCAGUAGUCUAAAGACUGGUUUCCAUAUGGUCACUGCGAUCACUACAGAAAAGCUUGAGUGAUCCUUACGACUACCCGUUUUCAUAUGAUCACUAUCAGUUCGAUCGUCGAGAUAAGGUUUAUCUUAGCUGCGAUCGCCACCGAUCGCAGAAGUUUUUUUUCUUUUUUUUUUUUUAAACAAGACACCACUUUAACGAUUGUUUCAAGCCGGAGUAAUGGUACGCCGUGACAAGUGCCCAGUGAUCUUGUCGAAUAACUUUUAAACUUGUUAAAAAAUGGCUUAAGGCGUUUUUUAACAAACGAUUGCGUUUAAAUACUUUGCCGAGGAACAUUAAGUUAGAUACGAGUUUGUUCCAGGUCAGGGGAGUGGGGCCAAGAUAAAAGACUCACCCGAGUCCUCUCCGUUGUUGUGCUAAUACCAACAUAACUCGUACGAUCGAUAAAAACACUCGAGAUGGAAACUAACCUUGAUCUUUAAAUGGUUAGUCCAGUCUUUAUUCGUAUCGUUAAUUCAACCGAAGUAAUAAAGAAGCAAUACUCAGUAGAGUGAGGUGAAAAUUUUAUUUAAAAAGCAGUUGAGAAGUGUUUGUCCAUUGAUAUAAACUAAUUUUGGUAUUUAUACGUAAACUCCACUUUAGACCAAAGUUUAUACAAUAUUUUAUGUAGACCACAUUAAAACAUAGUUGAUAAUUGACAUUUUGGUAACUAGAGAUUGCUGGCUUAUUUCUUUAAAAAGAGAAGUACUUGGAAAUGUUGAAAUGGAAUGAUUUUCGUUUAACUACAAUUUAAAAAUUUCAGUGGUCACACCCGAGAUGAGUAGUGAUAGAAAUAUAUGUAGAUUUUCCUUUGGUUUGUUAUAAACUAAUAUAUCAGUGCUCAGAAAGAAGGUUUGAAAGUCCUUUUUUGUCCACACGUUAAAACAUCGUUUGUUUUCUCGGAGCCUCUAGAAGUACCUUGUCGAGUAUGGAAAGCAACUAAAUUAAUUUACAAGCAUUUUAAGCAAAAACAUAAAGGGUACUCCUUUUAAAAAAUUUAUCGACACCGAAGUCCGGCUUUGGUAUAUGUUUCAUUUAGAUUAUUAAACUUUUGUUAUUCAGUUGGA